UAUAAUAAAAUUGUACAAGGAAAUUACAUCAACAGUCGAAUACUGACCGUUGUACUUGUGCAUCAUGGACAGAUACCUUUUAUUUUUAGUUAUUGCUGGAUUUGGUAUUUGUGGGGCUAAUCCUUUAGAUAAGGGGGACAACGAUGAAACAGCUAUACAGUGCAGUGGCAACGAAGUGUUCUCUUCAUGCACCAACGGGGGCUGUGAUGCCCGCAACUGUAGUCAGCUUGGGAAGCCCGUACCCUGUGUUAAGUUGCGAGCAGACAGCUGCAUCAAGGGAUGUCUGUGCAAACCGGGAUAUUUGAGAGCGGCAAGCGGAAAGUGUGUGGAAGAGGCAGAAUGUCAUAAGGAAUGCAACAAACCGAACGAGGAGAAGCGCUGCGUACAGUCCUGCCCACCGCAGAAAACCUGCCAAAACAUGGACAUCCAAGUAGUCUGCAAAUUCUUGCUUGAACAGUGCAAGAACAGGUGCGUCUGCAAAGCAGGGUUCUUCAGAAAUGCUGGCGGCGAAUGUGUCACUAGGGACUAUUGCACAAUGUGCGGUGGCCAAAACGAAUACUACUCGUGCCGGGUUCAACCAGACCAGACGUGUGCGGCGCCCGAAGCCGACACGACAGCAGACCAGAACAGUGGGCAGUGUAAGGAGCAAUGCUACUGCAACCCUGGUACCGUGAGGGACGAGAACGAUGUGUGCGUGCCGACCGACCAGUGCAACAAACCAUGCGGUGUCGACGAAACAAAAGACUACUGCCCAGCUGACUGCGCCUCCGACUCUUGCCCAAAGGGCCCGAAGACCGUGGCUUGCGCUCGCCCGAAUGUCUGUCCCCCGCCCCAGUGCAAGUGCAGAUUCAACCACCGUCGUGCUGAGAAUGGAACUUGCAUACCUACACGCGAAUGCCCCCCAUUCAAAUGUGACCAGGCCAACGAAGAAUACGACCCCUGCCCGCCGCUCUGUCCAAACGGCUCCUGCAGCCAGGCGACGCCGUCAGGAGACUGUCCUCCAAUCGUCGGAAACAUUGGCAUCGUGCUGGAAUGUAACCCGAGCUGCCGCUGCAAGAAGGGCUACUUCUGGAACGAGGACAAAGUUUGCGUGCCUUACAAUCAAUGCCCUGGCAAAAGCGACUCCAAUGCUUCGGAAUAAAGAAUGAAAGUACUUCAAGGUAUUUAGGUGAUUAAGUAAUUACCUAAGAAAGUAGAUAUACUUACUAUAAAUAAAUCGAAAUAUGAGAACGAAA